AUGUCGCAGUACUAUCCACCUCCGCCGUCCGCGGCGCAGAAGAACUACCCGCCGCCGCCCAUGUCCGCACCCGCCCACCAGACUUCCUUUGGGCACAUCGGAGGAGGGCCCAUGUCGCCACCGGCGAACAAGACCUCCUUCUACCCCCCGCCGCCCAACGGCUCUUCUCCAGCGCAGCAUCAGCAGAGGAAUUAUCCUCCGCCGCCGGCUGCCGCGGGAACGCCGCCUCCCAAGAGCGGCAGCCCCAUGUCUUAUCCGCCACCUCCCCAGCAAUUCUCACCGCCACCACCGCAGCAGCAGCAGCAGCAGCAGCAGCAGCCGGCUCCUAACAUGAGCCUGCCCCUUCACAUGCGCCACAGUUCCACCGGCUCAAUCCACAGCCAGCACGGCCCCCAGUUCACUCACAACCAGCAGUCAUCUCAGCCGCCCCAGUAUGCCGGUCCCCCAGAGGGCGACUACCCGUCCGAGAAGCCGCCCCAGUCGGAGCGGGACGACGAGGAGGCCCCAGUGGAUACGAGCAACCCUUCGAAUCUGGUGGGCGGGGCACCGCCCGCCGGGCACUUCGUAGGGGCGUCGGCCAUCGUGGACGACCUGGCGAUGGGGUGCCCGCUGAGCGCGAAGCCCGGGACCAUGAUCGCCAUGAGCCCGACCAUCACGCUCAAGGGCGCGUACAAGUUCAGCAUGAAGAAGCUCGUCGCCGGCGGCGAGAUGGGCCACUCGACCUUUACGGGCCCGGGGGAGCUGCUGCUCGGCCCGCCCUUCCUGGGCGACGUCACCAGUCUGCGCCUUUCGGGCAGCGAGAGCUGGAGCGUCGGCCACGACGGGUACCUGGCCAGCACGCAGGGCGUCAUCAAGGAGUACAAGAGGCAGGGGCUCGGCAAGGCCAUGUUCAGCGGCGAGGGGCUGUGGGUCUACAAGGUCAGCGGGACUGGCCUGUUGUGGCUGACGAGUUUCGGCGCCAUAAUCAGGAAGGAUCUCGUGGAGGGAGAAAAGUACAUCGUCGACAACGGCCACUUGGUGGCCUGGAACACAAAGUACGUGAUGGAGCGGGUCGCGUCAGGUGGCAUCAUCUCGGGCUUUGCGUCUGGGGAGGGCCUGGUGUGCAAAUUCACUGGCCCUGGUACGGUCUUCAUCCAGACGAGGAACGCGCUUGCUGACUUUGCUUUCCCCCCCUUCUGA